AUGUCGACCUUCACGUACGACGAGAAACUUGCCCUCGACGAAAUUCGAUUGAUCCAGCUUCUCCCGGGAGAAUGGCUCGACGGUCUCGAAUGCAGGCUAUAUCUGGCCCAGCAGGAGCACAAGUAUCAAGCCUUGUCCUAUACAUGGGGGAGCUCGAAACGAUCAAACCAAAUCACCGUCAACGGCAAAAUCCACAGGAUUACUUUCAAUCUAGACAGGGCAUUGCGUUCUGUCCGAGGACAGACAAAGGCAAUCACUCUCUGGGUCGACUCCAUCUGUAUUGAUCAAAAUGACGCUGCCGAAAAGAGUCACCAAGUUGGCUUGAUGCACAGUAUAUUUCGUAAUGCAACUGAAGUUAUUGCUUACCUGGGGGAUGGCUUGGAUCGGAGCCGCAGGGACUACGCACGUCGCUUUGAAAAGCUAGGGAAGAGCCCCCUUAUCAAUUUCGGCUCAUUGAGUGAGGCCAGCCUUGCAGGAGUUCAGGGGCUCUGGGACAAAUGGAAGGACUCUCCACCGGAGUCACUCACGGAACAUGAAGAGAUCAUAUGCUUAUACGGCCUUCUCAUGGAACUUUCUGGUAGCCUCCAAUACCACAUGUUUCCGGGCAAGCAGUCGCCAGAACAAAAUGGUAUGUGGCUCGAUCUCAGCGAAGCACACCGACGAGUGCUUUCUGAAAGAAUGCGACAUUUUGCGACAAGCGACUGGUGGAAUCGGAUGUGGAUUGUCCAAGAGGCAUGUGUCGCUCGACAGCUUACAGUUGUUUGCGGUCGUGCCUCUAUCCCUUUUCUCUGCAUCGGCCACGCGGCUCAAGCACUUCUACACUCACCCGUCACAAAACACUCGGAUUUGGCCAAGGUCAUGAUCUUCGUGGCGGGCAAGAUAGACGCAAUCAACACUUUACGCCUCGGAUUCGGCAGCUUGACGCACUUCACUACAAGCAAUUCCCUGUUGUGGCUUCUCAGAAGAUUCCGCAGCCGCAAAUCUUCAGAGCCGCGAGACAAGAUAUUUGCUCUUUUACGACUUGCCGAGGAUCUGAAAAGGACAAAGCCAUUUCGAGAUAACCAUUUAUGCAUCACGGUCGACUACGGCAUUGAUGUUGGUGAAGUAUUUUCCGACGCUGCAUACGAUAUCGUACGCGACACUGGUCUCCUCUGGAUGACGACAACAGAUUUGCUCGCCAAGACCCGCAUAGACAUUCCUUCUUGGGUGCCAGAUUGGUCUUCCGAACACAUGGUUCCUGGGUUCAACCAGAGACGAUACCGCCUUCAAGAAGAAACCCUUCUGCACUUCAACGCAAGCCGUCUACGAUUUUGCCACUCACAACUUCAUUCGUCGAAUGAUCAACCAAGAUACGCACUACCUCAACAACACUUCGAAGAAUUACUCAAGGGAGACGACCGAGACAGGUGGAAGCCUGUGCACUGCCUCCCGAGUAUGAUCAAAUACACAUCAAGCCCUCCAUUCCAAAAGGACCGGCAGCGUUCUGCGCUGAUUCUUCAAGGCGUAACUUGUGGCGUCGUUGCAUCUGCAAGCGUUGUCAUUCUCAGUGAUCUUUCGAACAUUGGUCUGGCCAUUCUCCAGGUUCGAGAAAGCUACGGGGGACAUGGAGGUUGGCAGAUUGGCCAGAGAUCGUUUUUCGAGACUGUCGUAACCUGUCUUUCCUCAUCUCAUAUAAGAACUCUAGUGCCCCAGGCUGCUGCGUUCAGGCUAGUUGCUCUACCUAAGGAUCACGAUCUACGAGCACCGUCAAAUCUGCACGUUCCACCGUGGAUUGAGGACACCGUCAGGACUAUGGCCGCCGGAAACCGACUAUUCGUCACUAAUAGAGGCCAAGUUGGGCUGGGUCCGGAGAGCAUGCACGUGGGAGACUCGCUCUGCGUCCUUGAAGGUGGACUUGUGCCGUAUAUUUUACGGAAACACGCUGGGACAAUUUAUACCGAGUCUUCGAUGGUCCAUCAAACAGAAAGCAUCAUGGGCACGCAUCGGUUUACCAUGGUCGGAAGCUGCUAUGCUGACGGCAUCAUGCACUGGGGUGACGAAGAGCAUGGUUGGGGAGAUAAUGCUGAUGACAUCGAGAGGCUGGAAUCGAAGCUGAGGCGAAAGCUCAAAGCUCCUGAACUCGUCGAAACCGCAUUUCUUCUGGUCUAA